AUGGCAAACACAAUGGCUGUUGUCGACCCGAGCCAGAAUGUCCACGGGGACCUGCUCCCCCACAUCCACCUCAUCUCGACCUUCCGCUAUGCGACCAUGCCUCGGGUUGAACUGCAAGAGGUCACCAAGUGGCUGCUGCAGGCGCCCAAGAUCGCGCGCGAUACCUCGCCUUUCUACUGGACUUACCUUGAUUGCCCGGCAGAUGGGUCCAUUUUGUUGACCUGGCAGCCUACGGCUAGGAGGGGGACGGAGUUUGCUACGGAUGGGUAUAUCUGGGCGGGGCCGGAAGUCCAGUUUCAGCAGAAUAUGGGGAAUGGAUUGCUCCUCGAGAUCUACUUCCAGCGCGCGGGCUACCGCAUGGGUGAGCAAUACGCGGUGCACUCCCGCCGACGCUUCCGCCUGCUCCUCGCCCCCGGUCAGGCGCCCAACCCCAACCUCCAAGUCGACCCGAACCUCUGGAUUGUGCACUACGGACCGGCUGAGAAAAAUGACCGCCUCCCCGUCUCUGCAAUCGUCCUCCCGCCCCCGAUCCACCAGCUCCUCAACUUCCGUCAGCACCUCCUCUCCAUGGGCCAGAUCAUCCGCAAGGAGUUCAUGCUCUCCGACCGCGUCAACUGGCCGCAGAUCCCCUUCCCCACCCGCGCCACGUCCAUGUAUGCGCCGCCUAUCCCCCAGCGCCACAUCCCGCAAGCCAUGGCCUACCCGCCGCAUCCGGGGCAGCCGAUAGCGCCCGCGCCUAAGAGGCGUGGCGGCCAGUCGUCGUCAUCGUCGUCAGCGGCUGCUGCUGCUGCUGCUGCUGCUGCGCAGGCGGCACAGAUGGCGGGCGCAGCUGCUGGAUACCAUCCGGAUGUGUUUAAUGAUGAGGAGGACGUUUCGGCGGGUGAUAUGUUUGAUCAUCUUACGCCGAGGGAACUGAGUCUGGCGCGGUAUCAACAGAAUCAUGAGUGGAUGGAGGAGAUCCUCUUAUCGCCGUACCAGAUCGGUCAGAUUGAGGUCUCGGAUUUGGGGUUGGGAAAGAAGGGCGAGCUGGCGGCGCUUACGGAAGGGAUCUUUGAGGCGCAAGGGUUUGAUGCGCUGCAGAGAGGGCCUAAGAAACCUUAUACAGGAAAGUUGGACCCGGGACUGGCGGAUGAGUUUCGGAAGAGGGUGGAGGAGAGGAAUGCGGCGGUGAAGGCGGAGAUAGAGGAGAUGAAGGCUAAGCAUGAGAAAAUGAUGGCUAAGUUUAAGCGGAGCGCGGUCAUCAAGCAGGCGGAGCAGGAGCUGCGCUUUGCGGUGCAGGAGACGGGCACUGAGUUCUGGCGGCUGGAGGGGAAGAUCGAUGAGGGAGAGGAGGCUCCCAGCCAGAAGAUCAUCACCAAGUCCCUGGACGAGAUCGUUGCCCGCGUCGAAGAACUCGUCGGCAAGCACGCCACUGUCGUCAAAGACGUCCACCGCAUCCAGGACGGCGGAUACCAAGAGCCUCAGCCCGAACCUCCCGCCCCUACCGCUGCCCCCUCUGCCGGCGCUGUAGGCGACAUGUCUUGCCAAGCCUCCCACGCCGGCUCCAACGGCAGCGGCGUCCUCAUCGGCAGCGACCAUGACAUCGACAUGGGCGGCACCGCUGGCAGCCUGCUUGAUCAGAUGCACUCUUCCGCCGGCUUCUCGUCCACCUCGACUCCAAUGAAUAAUUUCCCUACCCCGCAGGCUCAUUUACCGGUGUCGAGUAUCCCGUCUAGUGCCGCGACCCCGGGGGUCGUGAGUGUCUCGUCACCGAAUCCGGUUCCUCCGACUGCUGGUGUUCCUGCUGCGCAGGUUCAACAGCAGCAGGAUGUCCAGAUGGGUGGGACUGAGCCAGCUGCUGUUGUCCCGGCUAAGGAGGCUACAACUGCUACAGAACAGGGCAUCAGCUCAGGCGAAGGAGACUGGGUCGUUGUCGGCAAGGAGGGGAUUCCCCCUGCCCCGGGCCCUUCCAACAUUACCCAACCCCCAGCUGCCCCCGCAACGGCUCCCUUGGCCACAACCCCCGCCGCCACCGGCCCAGGCGGUGCCCCCACCCCCGGCUCAACCGCCCUCAUUGAGACGGACUUUGCGGACCUCGACACGGCAGGUGACGCACUUGCUUCAUACGAGGCUGCUGCUGCGGGGAGUGGCAGCCAAAACGGGGAUGAUCAUGAGGGAGGCAGGCUGGAAGAUGAGGAGGAUAUGGAUAUGAUGGUUGGGGGAGAGGAAAGCGCGUUUGGGGAGGCAUUUGAGGGGGUUGAGGCUGCGAACGCUGCGGUGGGACAAGGUGGGGUUGAGGGAGGGGGGGAUGUUAGUUAG